AUGCCUGGCUAUGGCCGAGUCGCGGCGCGCGACGAACUCCGCUCGAAGACGAUGGACUUGGCUCCGUCCGAGCUCUCCGCCCCUGAUCCGCGCCAGGUGCUGAGGAAGAGGCUCGGCGAGGAGAUGGAGGCGCUCCGCGGCAUCCUCAGGAAGGCCGAGCUCGUGGUGCGCAAGAAUAUCGACAAGGGCCGCGCGGCACCUCGCCGCGGCAAGGACGGGCGUUUCUUGGCCGCAGAAGCCCGAUCAGAAGCCAUGGAGGCCGACCGUACUCCAUGUGCCAAGAGAAGAAAGGUGAUGCCACCCCUGGAAAUCAUCGAGCCUCCGCCCCGGAUAUCGAAGUCCGAUCAGGCUGCAUGUGCCAAGAAAAGGAGGACGACGCCACCCGUGGAGAUAAUCGAGCCCCGGAUAUCUCAGGACGAGAUCUUCAGCUUGGUUACCCGAGUGUCGUCGCUCUCGUCGAACAUGCCGACGCGCAUCCUCGAGUUCCUGAACAAGGAGUGCACCGGUCGUACAAACGAAAAGGCUGGGGAGAUAGAGAUCGAUCUGGGAUCCAUGACGCGCUCCGCCAUGUUCGAGCUGCAGAAGUUGCUGGACGAGUUUGCUGAAGAAGAGAAGCGUCGGCAGCAGAAAGAGGAGUCGAUGAACGUCUGCAGAUCCAUUAAUCGCUCAUCUUCCCGUGAACUAGAGGAAGGUGAGUUCAUCGAAGAGGAUUGUAGUGCCACCACGGAUUGCGGCGAUGCUUCUCCUGUUGUGGCACGUAAGGGCCUUUCUUCACCGCCACGAAUACUUGAAGACGGAAAGAUGACAGAGGAAGAGGGCGCCAUAUGCGGCGACACUGGCCCUGUUGCAACCACUGAGACCGCAAAAAGCCCAAGCAACAGCAGUUCGUCUGGAUCCUCCAGCAGCAGUGAUGGUUCAUCUGGAUCUUCUUGCAGCGAUUCAUCAAAUUCCGACAACAACGACUUAGACUCUGACAAUGAAUGCAUGACAAGCAAUGUGGCUCCUGCCGUUCUUCCCAUUCCCAAGGCCGACGCCUCUGCCAUAGCAAUGCCAACCAAGGGCCUUUGCUCACCGCCACGAAUCCUCGAAGACGGAGAGAUGACAGAGGAGGAGGAGGUCGACAUAUGCGGCGACACAGGCCCUGUUGCAACCGAGAAGUUUGUUGAAACAGCAAAAAGCCCCAGCAGCAACCGCAGCUCUAGCAGUUCGUCUGGAUCCUCCACCAGCGGCGGCAGUUCAUCUGGAUCUUCAUGCAGCGAUUCAUCAGAUUCCGACAGCAGCGACUCUGGCUCCGACGACGAGUGUGUGACAAGCAAUCUGGCUCCUGAAGUUCUUCCCAAGACCGACGCCUCUCCCAUGGCAAUGCCACACAAGGUUCUCAGUCCUAUCGCUGAAGAGGAGUUUGCUGAAACCGAGAACAGCCGAAGAAGCAACAGUUCAUUACUUGAAGAUGGCGAGAUAGAAGAAGAGCACGGCACCUCCCCUGUGGCUGCAGAGAAGUUUGCUGAAACCGUCAACAGUACAGGAUCUGCCAAUGGCCAAUGCGUCAGAAGCAGCCUGGCUCCUGCCGUCCAUCCCGAGCCAUCGAAGCCGCAACCAGCUGCACAAGGCACUGUUCGUCAUUUCUAUGCCAAGGGUUAUGAGAAGAAGCGCGAGAGGCCGGCUGUGGCUGCACAAGGCACCGUUGGUCAUUUCUAUGCCAAAGCUUUUGAGAAGAAGCGCGAGAGGCAGAGAGCCUACAAAAAGCUAGAAGAGAUGGAGAGGAACGCGAAGGCGAAGCCCAUCUUCGACUGGAUACACCCGAGACACUUGAGGCAGCUAGGGAUCACUACCCCGGUGGAGUACGCUGUCACCUCGGAGCGGCGUUUUCCUGCUCGUCGUGGCUGCCCGGUGCAGAGUCUACUUGGGCUCUUCUUGAAAGCAGAGUACCAGACCACGGAGAUGGCGAAGGAGCCACUAGAUACUCAGGACCUAUUGGAAACUUAUUACAGUAGAUUAAUGUAUUAG